AUGCCUGUGAUGAACAUCGGUCCUUAUCCACAAUCACAAGAUGGGUUUUACGCGACGAACAAUCCGUAUCAGGAGAACGGACCAAAAGGGUUCACGGAGUUCAGGUUCAUGGAAGAAAGCGAGGAUCUGUUCGUGAGGCUCGAUUUCCCAGGAGUCACCAGAGAAAGCGUCACGAUCCGUCUCGAGCCAUCGAAGAGAGCUGUCUUCGUGUUCGGAGUCGCGCCGAAAGAGCUCAGGCAGGACUCUUCUCACCGGAAAUACGGAACCGCCACCGGACUUGUCUGCGACUGUUGCGAGAUCAGUAACAUUCAGUGUUUUGUUGGAGAUGGUGUCGUCAGGCUUAUCCUCUCCAAGAAGAAGAUCAAUCCUCUUGCCCCUUCCUCGUGUUCCUUUGGUGGUGCAACAAUGCCUACUGAUAUUCCUUUGCUUGGUCGUCUUGGCACCGACCCUCUCGUUACACUACUGAUCGAUGUUGUUGUUGUGCGAUUAUACGUUUGGAUAGAUCCGACGUUUACGGGGUUUUUCACAGUACCGCACCCGUCAGUGUUGGAGGGACCCAGCGGCUCGUACGAAUCAAAGCAGCUCCAAAACGGCGGUCUCUAUCUGCGUAUAGACAUGCCCGGAGUCCCGAGCGACAGCUUCAGGGUGCUGGUGGAAGCUGACGGCGGCGUCAUCGUCAUCGGCCGAGCUCCUCCGGUGUUGAAUGAUUCGAGUGGGCGUGAUUACAGAGGCAGAGUCGCCGUCGUCCAUCGAGCGUAUGACAACCGUCAGAUCAAAGUCGUCGCUAAACAUGGUGUCAUUCGCCUAAUCAUCCCUCCGUUUUAA